ACCAGGAAAUGGUUCGAAUAGCGAAGAGGGCACGGAUGCAAUAUCAUCAAAUUGGAUAUUGUUGUCAUCCCGAUCUGUUGAUCAACUACAUAACGCGAAACUUCUUCCAACUUCCAACCGACAAGACUCCCACGUUUGCGACCCAUGGCUGCCGGACGUUUCUAUGUGCUCUCCCGGUGGGUUGGGGCAGUAGCGACCCCAUCAGCGUGCAUCCCCAAGGUGGUGGCGCCGCUUCGUCCUCCCACGGCGUUUUGUCGUUAUGCCAGCAGCAGUAGGCGUGUGGGGAGGACACGCGGAGAGCAAUACGGAUCCCGCAGAGAUGAAGAUGAUGAUGAUGAAGACGAUAUCAUGAAGGAGGUCGAGGACAAACUCAACGUUUUAUUGGAAGAGAAUAAGAGGAAGCAGAAGAUGAUCAAAUACAACAAAUUGCACAGGAAGAUGACACCAUCAGGUGCUCCAGAGAGGACCUUGUCUUGGGAGGCCAUGGAGACCAUCAGGUAUCUAAAGCGAGAGCAUCCGGACGAGUGGACAAUUGGACAGCUAUCUGAAGGCUUCUCAGUCAGUCCCGAAGUGAUCCAGAGGGUGCUCCGCACCAAGUUCAACCCGACGCCUCACAGGAAAGCAGAGCAGGAUGCAAAGGUGAUGUCCAGGCUUCAGCGUUCAGCGUUGCCUUUGGGUGAGAUCAGGACAGAGCAAAGUCAAUCAGCUCUGCACGCAGGCCGCUCGCCACGCCAGUUCUUGCCUACCAGAAAUCCAGAAGCUGCUUUGGUUCCUGUGACUGGAAGCACAGAUAAACCCUCUAUCAAAGCUUCCGCUCUCGUUACCGUUCCGGUGAUGCCGCCAAAAUGCCACAAAGAUGCCGCAGCGACAACAACAUGGCCGGCACAGGACGACUCAGCCAACGCCAAUCUGGCAGAGGCGGAAGACGAGACUUGGGAUGGACAAGUGUUAUCUGAGGAAGAGCUCGAGAAGUUUCAGGGUACUAAAGCUGAACCUGUGCUGCAGGUUGGGAAUGACUUCUUUGAUUGCAACGGCCAUUUUUUGUACAGAAUCUACUGAUGCAAAAGAUUUGAAUGUAGUCCAUCUAAUAAAAGACAAGUAAAAUACAUUACAAGAUUGCUUUGUGAAUAAUAA